AUGUGUCAGCUGAUAGCAAACUUUCUCCUUCAAGCACUGCGGUGGCUUCCUCUCCGCCGGCGACAAGGUGAGGUAAGAAGAUUGAUGGGUGGUUCCAGCUGCUUCCUCUGCCUGGGGGCAAGGAAGGAAGUCCCACCGCCUCCCCUGGCCGAUCCCCACAGCAGCAGCAGCGUCGCCGCCACCGCGGCACGAACCUUGGCCUUCGACGAGCUCGCGGCGGCGACCGGGAACUUCAGAGACGACUUCCGCAUCGUUCGGGAGGCGAGUCUCUACAAAGGCUACCUCAGGAGCCUCAAUCAGGUUGUUGCUAUAAAGCUGCAGCAUGCCGUUGAUCCUGUUAGAUCGUCAUCAGAGCAACUCAACAGGGAUUUUCUUGCCCGUGUCAUGACGUUGAGCGUGCUGCGCCAUCCGAAUGUCGUCAACCUUGUUGGCUUCUGCGCAGACGGCCAAAACAGGAUCUUGGUUCACGAGUACAUGCCAUUGGGUUCUCUCCAAAAUCACCUCCAUGAUCGGUCUCCGGGCCAAGCACUGCUAGACUGGAACACAAGGAUGAACAUAGCUGCCGGCGUGGCCAAGGGUUUAGAGUAUCUCCACGACAAAGGUGUGGUGUACCACAUAUUCAUGAGCAGCUCGGACGUCUUGCUCGGAGAAGGCCACCACCCAAAGUUGUCCCAAUAUGGACUGGCAGACCUUGGUCGGCUAGUUGUGGACGAUGAUGAGAAAUUGUGUAUUGAUUUCACCAGAACCGCUGCUAUUGCCCCCGAGACAGGAUUUAAAGGGAAGGCGACCAUGGAGUCGAACGUGUACAACUUUGGCGGCGUCCUGCUGGAGUUAACCACAGGGAGGAGGCCCGUCGACCCCACCCGGGCCAUCGCCGAGGAUUGCAACCUUGUCAUAUGGGCCACACGAUUGAUGGACAGGGGCCAGUUCCGCCGGAUGGCAGAUCCAGCACUGCAGGGCCGAUACCCGUCCAUGGAUUUGCAAGAGGCACUGAAAGUUGCUUCCAUGUGCAUCCACGAAGAGCCGGCCAUGAGAUCCCCCAUCGGUGCCGUCGCCGCAGCUCUGUCUCGCCUUGCCGCCUACGACGAUCAUCAACCUGAAUCUUCACACCAUGCGGCGCUUCGUUAA